CGAUCGGGUUUCCGGUACGGAUCGGGUAGUGACAGUCACCAUGGCCGAGCCCAGCAAGCGGCAGAGGCUCAGUCACAUUAACAGCAGCUCACAAACUUCGAGUAAAAGCUUAUCGAGCAUUUUCACGGACAGUCAGGACGUGGGACUCGAGGGGGAGGGUCGAUUUGUGGAGGGAUCCAUACUUCGGAUCACCAUGAAGAACUUCCUAACGUACGACUACUCUGUGGUGCAUCCUGGACCUAAUCUGAACAUGAUUGUCGGGGCCAAUGGUACUGGAAAGUCCAGCAUUGUGUGUGCCAUCUGUCUGUGUCUGGCUGGCAAGACAGCUGUUCUUGGCAGAGGUGAUAAGGUUGGGCUCUAUGUCAAGCGUGGUUGCAAAAAAGGCCAUGUUGAAAUUGAACUGUACAAAAGAGGUGGUAAUGUGGUGAUUUUUAGAGAGAUACAUGCGGAGAACAAUCAGUCUCUGUGGAUGUUGAAUGAUCGGCAGUGCAGCCAGAAGGCAGUGGAAGAGGAAGUCAAAGCUCUGCGCAUCCAAGUCAGCAACCUCUGUCAGUUUCUACCUCAGGAAAAAGUGGGCGAAUUUGCCAAGAUGUCCAAAAUUGAGUUGCUGGAAGCAACUGAGAAGUCAGUGGGCCCACCAGAGAUGUAUGAAUACCACUGUGAGCUCAAAAACUUCCGCAAUAAAGAACGAGAACUGGAGAACGUUGUGAAGGAGAAAGCAAGCUUCCUGGAGAAAGCCAAGCAGCGAAAUGAAAGGAAUAAACACGAUGUAAACCGUUACUACGAAAAAAAGAGGCAUCUGGAUGUAAUCGAGUUGCUCGAGAAGAAGAAACCAUGGGUGGAGUACGAGACCACCCGUAAGGAACUUGAGGGUGUGAAGAAGGAGCGCGACGAGGCCAGAAAGCAGCUUUCAAGCCUGAAGCAGACCCAGGCACCCAUGGUGAAGAAGAUCCAACAGAUUGACGAGCAGCUGAAGCCAACAGAGGCACAGAUAAAGGAUAAGACUGCUGCCAUCAAAGAAGCCUCGCUGAAGUGCAAACAGAAACAAGAUCAGCUGGAUCGGAAAAACAAAGAGAUUGACGAUAUUAAACAAAAAUGCAGACUUAAGCAGAUGGAGGAGGAAGACCACCAGAAGCGAAUCAGCAACACCAGAAGAACCAUCGAAGACCUGAAGGCGGAGCUUGCCAAAGUUGGCGACCAGCCGGAUGUAACCCCGCGCAUCAACGCCGUCAACGCUGAUCUGAGGCGCAUUCAGGAGGAGAGAGCCAAGAUCGAAGGGGAGAAGGGCGACCUGCGCAGGGAGAAGGACAACCUUUGUGCUGAAUCUAGAAUGUUGGAGAAGAAGCUCAACGACAUGAACAACAUGAUGAAUGCCAAAGUGGAGAAGCUGCGAGGACGUCACAGGGACACACACGCUGCCCUCCAGUGGCUCAGACAGAACAAGCAACUCUUUCGUGGAAACGUCCACGAGCCCAUGAUGCUGGUGAUCAAUGUGAAGGAUCACCGCUUUGCUAAGUAUGUGGAGAACCACAUCUCAUUCCACGACCUCCGUGCGUUCGUUUUCCAGAGGAAAGACGACAUGGAGAAGUUUAUGAUCGAGGUCCGUGACAAGAUGAACUUGAAGGUGAACUCCAUCUGUGCUCCGGAGGAGUCAUGUUCUAAGCGACCGCCAUCCCGAAAUAUUGAGUCCCUGAGGCGUUUUGGGUUCUUCACCUACCUCCGAGAGAUGUUUGACGCCCCCGAUGAGGUCAUGAGUUACCUCUGUCACCAGUACAGGGUGCAUGACGUGCCAGUGGGCAAUGAGCGAACCAAAUCCAUGAUUAAAACGGUGAUUGAGGAGCCCUACCUCAAGGUGCUGUACACAACAGAGGAGAGGUACACUGUCAAAAGGUCCUUUUACUCAAACAAGAUAAGCACCAGCAACUCUGUGGUGCACCCUUCCCAGUACCUCACCAUCACUGUGGAUGCUGAAGAGAAACGGCAGCUAGAGCAGCAGAUGAAGUCCUGUGAGUCAAAGCUGCGAGACAUCGACGAGCGGAUGAAGGCCUUGCAGAAGGAAGCAGUCGCACUGGACCGCCGUGACAAUGAGCUGUUGGCAGAGAAGAAGGGUCUCUCUGAACUAAAGGGGAAAAAACGACAACUGGAGCAGAAAAUUAGUACCAAACAGGACAGUCUGAAGCAGAUGGAGCAGAAUAUUAUUGACCUGACAAAGAUUGAGGAGGAGACUAAAGAGAAAAUUGCAGCUGUAAAUGCUGAGAAAGUGACCAUAGUGACUGCAUUCAUGGCCCAAAUGAAGCUGAGAGCCAAGCUGACGAUGGAGAAGGUGCAUCUGGCGUUGGAGACGGUGGGGCUGACGGCAGAGAAGAACAAGCUGGAGAAUGACUGCAGAGAAGGUGCCUCUGAGCUGAGGACCACUGAUCAAAAAUGCAGCCGUCUGGAGCAGAGAAAGGUGCAGCUGACAGACCAAUGCAAAGGGCUGUUGAAGAGAGCAAAGGCGAUCUGUAAGAUGCAGCCUGAUCAGUCAUUACCCGAAGACCUGCGUAAUUUUAUCAGCGAAACAAAAAAAAGAGAAUACUGGGUCUUUCCACUGCAGGAGGAGUACGACAAGUACGGGAUCCGCAUCCGGGUGAAGUUUCACGCCACCACCCAGCUCCACGAGCUGACGCCUUACCAUCAGAGUGGAGGAGAGCGCAGCGUCUCCACCAUGCUUUACCUCAUGGCCUUGCAGGAGCUCAACCGCUGUCCCUUCAGAGUGGUGGAUGAGAUCAAUCAGGGAAUGGAUCCUGUAAAUGAAAGAAGAGUCUUUGACAUUGUGGUCCGCACAGCCUGCAAAGAGACAACGUCCCAGUACUUCUUCAUAACACCUAAACUGCUGCAGAAUCUUACGUACGCCGAGGAGAUGACCAUCCUUUGCAUCCAUAACGGCCCCCACAUGCUCUCCCCCAACCAGUGGGACGAGAGGGCUUUCGUCAGACGGUGUCUUGAAAGAAAAGCCAGGGCAUGAGCCCCCUGGAAUGACCUGUGCUCCUUGAAACUCUUUUAAAAAGAAUUAUUGGGUGUAUUUUUUCACUUAAUGUUCAGAAUCCUUAAUCUGCCAUUUUUGCAGUUUUUUGUUUUUGUUUUAAUUGUAUUUGGCAUCUAUAAAUCAGAUUAAGAGAAAAGUGUUCACACAUAAUAUCUGUCAUUAGUUUUCAUCAUUUGCACAUUUUCUUAUUUAUGCAGCCAAUAUCUUGUGUCAUAUGUGUCUUUAACAGUUGGCUCGUGUUUAUAUAUUUGAAUAAAAUGUACUGCUGUUUCUCUUCUA